AUGCGCGUGGCAAUAUGUCUGUGGAGGCUCGCGACAAACUUAGAGUACAGCUCCAUCUCCCAGCUGUUCGGUGUGGGCAUCUCCACCGCCUGUAGUGUCACACAGCAGGUAGUUCUGGCUAUUAACAGGGCGAUGAAAACUCUGUAUAUAAAGACCCCCUCUGAGGCAGAGCUGAUGGGAAUUGUCCAGGGCUUCAGGGAUCGAUGGAGGCUGCCCCAGGUCGCAGGCGCAAUUGACGGGACCCACAUAGGCAUCAUUGCACCAGCUGACGACCCCACCGACUAUUAUAACAGGAAAAAGUUCCACUCCGUUAUCCUGCAGGGCGUGGUGGACCACAGAAUGAAAUUCUGGGACAUAAACGUGGGCUGGCCGGGUAAAGUUCACGCCGCCAGGGUUUUGGUCAACUCUUCCCUGUACAGCAGGAGCGAGAGCGGCACGCUGUUCCCGCGCUGGACGGAGAGGCUGAACGACGCGGACGUCCCGCUGCACCUUCUCGGUGACGCCGCUUACCCGCUGCUGCCUUGGCUGCUGAAGCCGUUUCCGGAGGGGAGCGGUUUGACAGGAGCGCAGGUGCACUUCAACCGUCAACUGAGCCAGGCCAGAACGACCGUGGCGAAGGCCUUUGGACGGCUAAAAGGCCGCUGGAGAUGCCUACUCCACAGGUGUGACGCCCACAUCUCCUUUGUCAGCCACAUCAUAGCCGCCUGUUGUGUGCUGCACAACUAUUGCGAAACAGCUAACGAGGAGUGGGAAGACGAAGAGGCCGGAGAUGAGGUGGAGGAUUUUGCGGAUCCAGAGAUCGGCCAUCAAGCCAAUCGGGGGAGGAAAAUCAGGGAUGCUGUAUGUGCAUACCUUGCACAGUAA